AUGAUGGUACUGGGGAAGGUCGCAACUCCCAGCGCGUUAGGGGCGAGCAAGAGCGGGAAGCUGGUUGUGCCGAAGCCGGUUAACCUGCCGUCGCUGCGACGGGAGCACGCGGGCAACGAUCCGUCCGUCUCGCUUGUUCCCGCAAGCAGCACAGUCUCGGGAUGGCAGAGGCCCCCAGGAGGGAAGCCGCAAGGAGAAGGGACGUCUGCAGCUACUCCUUCACUAUCAGCAUCAGCAUCAGCAUCAGCAUCAGCAUCAGCGUCAGCAGCGGCAGCAGCAGCAGCAGCAGCAGCAGCAGGAGUAUCAGCCGCAGUUCGUUCGUCAAGUGCGACACACGAGGCGCGACGGUGCGUCUCGCUCUCCCCUCCUCCUCAAGGUUUCGACUUCCCGCCGAUUUCAGCAGCAGCAGCAGCAGCGGCAGCAGCGGUGUCUGGAGCCGAGCCGAGUCGCGCCUCCUCGGCGCACCGACCUGGGGUGUACCAACCACCAGGCUCACGUGGCGGUAGCAGUGCCACGUCAGCCACCACAUCAACUGUUUCGGCAGUUGGCAACACCGGGGUUGUUUUACGCGGGGAGGAUUUUCCUUCGCUGGAUGAUGCGACAAAGAAGCCAGCAAGCAGUGUUUCCGCAAGCGUCGGGCGCGGUAAGGAGCAACAGGGCAAGAAGAAAACGAAGGCGCUAGAGGCUAAUAACGGGGAUGAGCUGGCCCGAUCGGCGCAGGAGCGCGGCGGAGGGGACGAGGCAGGCCGGGCGACGGAACGGUCCCAGGGUAACGAUGCGGCGACGAAACGGGUUACCAGUGGGCGAUGGGGUGACGAAGAGUCGGAUCACGAGCAGAACGAACGAGAUCCUUUGUCCGGAUCACAGCCUAACAAGGCGCCAGGGUUCAUUUCCAGAGACCAAGGCGGCGAGGCUUCUGGCGAUUCCGCUACUUUCGGUGCGGACAGGAUGGACAGACAUCCCCGUUAUAAGGAGAACGAGAGACCGAGCAGGCAUGGCGAUGGCAUGCUUCCGCCGAAUCGGUUCGGUCCGCCACCCGGGGGAGGCUUCCGCCGACCUUCCCCCCCGCGCAGAGCAUGGGCGGACGAUGAGCGGGACCUUGCGCCACCCCAACCCUAUCCGCCUCCUGGGGGAAGACUGCCUUUUCCGCACAGAUUCGACGGUCCGAGGGGUCAAUUCGACGGUUAUGGUCCCCCCAUGGGUGGAGACCCGGGGGGGUUUCAUGCUAACAGAUGGGAUUCUAGAGAGGGCUUCCGCGAUUAUGGGCCGAGAAAUGGCGCCAGGGAGUGGCACGGGGAUCCGAGGCAUAACGAGGCGGGCAUGUGGCGGAGGGAGGACGCGCGCGGAUGGGCGGAACGGCCUCCCGCUGGGAGAGGCGGAAGAGGGCCGGGACCAGGCCCCCCAGGACCCCCAGGCCCCCCGGGUCCGCCGGGUCCGCCAGGCCCCCCGCCCCACCCAGGCCUCCCAGGUCCCCCGGGUCCCCCAGAUCCCCGAGGCCCCCCGGGACAAGCGGGACGGCCAGGGCCGUUAGGUCCGCCGGGGCCGCCGGGACUGCUAGGGGCGCCGGGGUCAGGAGCAGCAGGGGGGCCGCCAGGGCCGCCUUUCCCGGGUGAGUAUGAGCGGUACGGGCCCAUGGGGGAUGGGGGGAGAGGAAGAGGGGGUAGUGGUGGUGGAUAUGGAGUUGAACCUCCGCCUAGCCUUGGGCUUGGGCCGCUGGGGCUGCUGAGGCGGAAGAAACUGGAGGGCGAGGGUGGGAGGUCGGAGUUUCGGGACUUGGAACGAGAGAGGUUUGAAGAGGAGCUCGAGAGGUUGCAGUCGCAGAAGGAUAAGGAGAAGGUGAGGAAGGAGGAGGAGGAGCAGCGGGCGGCGGAGGUGGCGAGGCAGCAGCAGGAGGAGGCGGUGAGGAGGGGAAGAGAGGAGGAGGAGAGGAGGCGGAGGGUGGAGGAAGGGGAGAGGGAGGCGGCGAGGAGGGCUAAGGUGGAGGAGGAGGAGGCGGUGAGACGGGUGGAGGAGGAGAGGAGGCGAGUGCAGGAGGAGAGGCGGAAGAUUCAGGAGGAGGAGGAGAGGAGGAAGGAGAAUGCGAGGAGGAAGUUGGUUGAGUUGGAAGAGAGGAUUGCGAGGAGGAAGGCUGAGGAGGAGGAGAGGAAGAGGAGGGAGGAGGGGAAAGAGGAGGAGGAGGGGAAAGAGGGGAAGGAGCGUAAGGGAGCAGAGGAGCGGUGUGGGGUGGUGACCGGUGCUGGCUGGAGCAGCAGGGUGGGGCCUCGCAUCCAGGAAAAUUCUGAGUCGACUCAAGAGGUUGCAGCUGCUGGUCCUGAGGGGGAGAGCCGUCAAGAGAUUGCAGAUAAGGACGAGAAGAAUGGAACCGUUGAUUACGUGGCAAAAGGUGACACGUGGGAAGAUGGCGAGGGGGUUUGUGCGCAGCAGCAGGUGCAGCAGAAGGAGCAGCAGGAGCUGCAGCAGCAGCAGCAGCAGCAGCAGCAGCAGGAGCGGCAGGAGCAGCAGAAGCAGCAGGUGGGGCCUUUGGCUGGGUCCGCCGCUGUCCCACCGCUCUAUCAUGCGAGUGCGGAUGCGAGGCAGAAAGGAAUGGGCGAGAGGCAGCAAGACGCGAGUCAGCAAGGCAACCACGCAAGCACUCAGCGUUUCUUUGACCCCAGUGUUCGCACGGAAGGGCCUUCUGCUGGGAAGUAUGCGGGUGGUGAUGCUCAUAUGAAAGGUGAAGGCUCAGACCGGGCCGGGUUUGGGUUUUCGCCGUGGAAUCAGCAUCAGCUGCAGCAGUACCAGCAGCAGCAGCAGCAGCAGCAGCAGCAGCAGCAGCAGCAGCAGCAGCAGCAGCAGCAGCAGCAGCAGCAGCAGCAGCAGCAGCAGCAGCAGCAGCAGCAGCAGGUGCAGGGGAUUUCGUUUCCUGCGUACGGAUUUCCUGGCCCAGGCCCUAUCUUGCGCUCCCAUCAGUUCGCCCCACCUUAUCCUCACUUCCCUGCAAUGCAGCAGCAGCAUGUGCACCCCCACCCCUUCCACCAGCCUUUCCCGGGGCAGCAGCAGCAACAACAGCAACAGCAGCAGCAGCAACAGCAACAGCAGCAACAGCACCAGCAGCACCAGCAGCAGCAGCACCAGCAGCAGCAGCAGCAACAGCAACAGCAGCAACAGCACCAGCAGCACCAGCAGCAGCAGCACCAGCAGCAGCAGCAGCAGCAGCCACCGUUGCUGCACCGGCCGCCUGGGCUUGCUCCUGGGUUUCUCGCGCAUGGGAAUGCUGGCCGCGGCUUUGCCUCGUUCUCUGACAAUGCCCCAGCAGUGGGAGCAGUGGGAGCAGUGGGAGCAGUGGGGCAAGUGGGGGCAGGUUCAGUGGGUACUGUGAACUCAGUUUCAGGCGGAGGAGCAGCAGGGGGUGGGGCAGGAGGAAGAGGAGCAGGCGGAGGAGGAAGGGAAAGUGGUGGUGUGGCAGCGGGCAGGGCGGGGCACCAAAGGAAGGACGAGUUUGGAGGGAGAGAAAUUGGUGGUGGGAGAGAGGCGGGCAGUGGGAAAGAGGCGGGCAGUCAGGGACAAAAGCGGUUUACAGAGAUGGGUAAUGGUGGUGGGGUGGUGGGGAGAGACAGUCAAUGGGGAGAGUCUGGGUCCGGGCAGUAUCUGGAAUGGAGACGGAUCGGACCUGAACCUGCUCCAGGUAUGUUUCUCGGGCAGGCUCGGCAGCCCGGAGCAGAGCAGUGGCAGGGGCGGGCUGGUUUCGGGCAGGAGGAAAUUUCUGGUGGAUCGGGACGGGCGGACGGGCGAAAUUGGGCGAAUCAACUGAAUGGAGUAGGAGGGGGGGAUGGGCAUGAGAGGAGAGGAGAGAUGGGGCAGCAGAUAUGCAAUUUAGGGUUGCAGGUGGGGAAGGGAGAGGGAGAAGGGCGGGCAGAGGGGAGGGAGAGGGGUGUGAUGGGAGGGAUGGGUGUGGAGCAUGAUUCGGAAAUGAGUGAAUCUGAAAGUCUUCCUGCUGAUGUGGUGAAUGAGUUGGGGGCGCUGCUGUCAGAUCGAGACGAGGGUAUGUCUGAUAGAGAGGAGGGGCUGGUGGGAAUGGGUGAUCAUGAGCGGGAGGUGAUUGGUGGAGAAGAGAAGGAGAGGGUGGGGGGAAACGAAGGGCUGGAUUCUGUUAAAAAAGAGGGAGGGGUGGGUGAUAAGGGAAUUGUGGGUGGUAAGGGAGGGGUGGAGGCGGAGGGGAAGCAGCUUUCGGGUGGAGAGACGGCAAGAGCUUUUGAAGAGAAUGGGAACGGGACUGCCCCUGCUGCUGCAUCUGCUGCUAGUGCUGCUUCCAAGCCGUCUCUCCCGUCCCUAAUGCGUUCCUCUGGAGCUCCCUUUGUCAUCCAAAUCGGUUCUGUGCCUCUCACUGUUGGCGGGCCUGCCCAGCUGCCCGGGCAGAGUGAAAUUUCUGGAGCGUGCCCUGUGCCAAUGUUUCAGUUCGGGCAGAUUGGGGUGCCGGCGUCAGUGUCACCUCCUCUGCAGGCUGGUGCUCGACCCAUUGGCAGUGGUAGGGGGGCAAGGGGAGGAAGGGGAGUGAGGGGUGGUCAUGCAGGGGGGCAGGUUGGGCAGGCACAAGGGCAGGGACAAGGACAGGUGCAAGCAACCCCAUCACAUGGCCGUGGGAAAGGCAGGGAUGGGUUUACCACCACCCCUUUGGUUCCUGGUAUGUCUGCUCGACCUGGACUUGCAGCCUCGGCUGUUGGUGCGGUAAAUGGUCCGGUAACAGGUUCGGCUGUAGCUCCGGCGGCUGGUUCGGCAGCAGGAACGACUCCUGCUUGGUUCGUUGCUCAGGGCGUGAGGGUUCAGGAGGGGAGGGCUGGACAGUAUCUGGAGGUGCAAGGAGCAGGGUAUUCUGAGAUUAGAGGGAGUGAUGGUGUGGUGGUGAGGACGAGGAUUGGAGGGAGGGGAGGAGGCGGGGAUAGGAGGAGGGGUGGCGGAAGGGGGAGAGGGGGAGAUGUGGUGGGAAGGCAGGUGGGGGAGAGAGGAGGGAAGGGAGGGGAGAGUGGGGGGAAGAGAGAGGAGGUGGGUGUGAGAGUCCAGGGUGUGACCGUACUGCAGGGUGAUAGUAAGGGAGUGGGUGGGGCCUGUGAUGAAGCUCAGGUGAAGCAGGCAGCUGUAGCUGAAACUCCUGGGUCCUCACCUGGGCGGUCUGCUGGGGGAACAAAGCCUCUGGCAGGUGCUGAGAGUGACGUGGCUUCAGGUGCUUCUUCAGGUGUUUUUUCAGGUGGUUCAGACAGUGGAGUGUCUGAGGUGGAAGGGGCGUAUGAGAGUGCGGAGGGGUCUGAAGGGGAGGAGGAGAGUGGGGGAGCACGAGGCCAGGAGGACAGAAGAGAAGGAGCAGCAAGAGAAGGAGCUGAAACAGGAAGGAAAGGAGGUAAAGGGGCGGCGGAUGGGGGCGAGGGAGGGGGAGGGGGAGGGGAAGGGAACUGCAGAGUUGCAGCAGGGAAAACCCCCUCUGAAGCACCAUCGGAAGCUCUAUCCCAAGGGGCAGGUAAUGCAUCAGUGCGGGCAGCAGACGGAUCAGAAGGACCAGAAGAAACAGCAGGGCCGUCGGUGGGGGAUAAGUCACAGGCAGCCUCCAGUGCAGCAACAGCUGAUGAUUCCGGUGCUUCACCUGCUGCUGCUGCUGGUCUGGGUGUGGAUGUGUCCGCCUCAGCAACUGUAGCAGCAGUAGCAGGAGAAGAAGACACAGCAGCUGCAGCAGUGAAAGACGCGUCUAAGAAGGCUGCAGCGGGUGGUUCUGCUCCAGCUGCUACAGCAGAGGUUCCCUACAUGGAGAUGGGGAGGAUGAUGGGGGGUUUGUUACUGUGCAGUCGAAACGGGGGCGGAGGGGAGCAGCGGGAGAGGGAGCAGAGGGAGAGGGAGCGAGAGGAGAGGGAGAGGGCGAGGGAGAAGGAGAAGGAGAAGGAAAGGGAGAGGGAGAAGGAGAGGGAGAAGGAGAGGGAGCGAGAGCGGGAAGUGAAGACUCGAAGGCGGGAGCAACGUGUGAGUGCAAUAGUCUCUUCUGCUGAAACUGCAGUCACGGUUUUUAUUGCUGCUGCUGGUGGUGAUGAGCAGUUCGGGCAGGUGGGUCAGCCCAUGCAAGCAGGCAUUUCCCUGUCAAAUUUCGGGCAGGUUGGAGGAACGGGGCAGGAAGGAUUGGGGCACGUAGUCUUUCGCAGCAGCGCCGCCCCUGCUUUCCCAUACCAGCGCCCCAGCUUCGGCUACGUCACAUGCCGAAGCAGCCGGUGGGCAGCAUCAGACUGGGGUGGUGGUGCAAGGGAGCAUGGCAGGAGCAGCAGCACAGACAAUGGCACAGUCAGCAGGAGUGGGGAUGGUAGGAGCGGGUGGUUUGCCCGUUCCCUUCCCAAUGUCUACCUUUCACAGCUUGGGCCUGUACCUGUAGGAAUGGCAGGAGGUAUGGCAGGAGGAGUGGCAGCCUCACAGCGGUAUGGAAAUAGGUUUGGCGGAGGCUCGACCAAGGCAUGGGCUACUACCAAGGCAGGCCUGCUGGCCCGGGUGGGAACAAGAGGCGGCCUCGCCAGCCGCCGAGGCUCACCCGAGCCUCUGCUGGAGGUUCGGGAGGAGAUGGUUUGGGUGGCCCAUCAUCAGGCAGCACGAAUUCGCCGUAAACGCGUCUCCCGACCAUCCCCCACUUCCUCUUCUGCAUCUCGUCUCCCCCUCUCGCCCUUCACAGGCUCAGCCACAGGAGGGCGCGAAGAGCCACGUGCGGCGGGACCUGCUGCCUGCAGAUUCAGGCGGGCCGGCAGAAGCAGUGGGAGGAGGAGAAGGUUAUUCGAGGCCACGGCCAAGGAGGGAGCAGUUGCUGGGUCCGGCCCUCGUGAUGACCGCUUCUUUGGCAACUUCCCCUACCCCUACAUGAACGGGCUGCUGCAUUUGGGUCACGCGUUCACUCUUUCUAAGUGCAGGUGGAUGUUCGCAGCAUCGUACCACCGGCUGAGGGGAGCUAAUGUGUUGUUCCCCUUCGGCUUCCACUGCACUGGCAUGCCCAUCAAGGCGUGUGCUGACAAGCUAGCGCGUGAGAUAGACACGUAUGGUUACCCGCCCCUGUUCCCCAGCGAGGAGGAAACGGCGGCUCUGGAGGCACCUCAUUCUUAUAACCCCCCCACCCCAUCCCUCCCGUUCAUCCCCUUCCCCCCUCACCAGGCGUGUGCGGACAAGCUAGCCCGCGAGAUGGACACGUACGGCUACCCGCCGCAGUUCCCCUGCGAGGAGGAAACGGCGACUCUGGAGGCCCUCUCCAUUGCGGAGGGCAGCGCGUCUGACCCCAUCCCUUUCGCCCCUCCCCUGCCCCCUCACCAGGCGUGCGCAGACAAGCUAGCGCGUGAGAUGGACACAUACGGGUAUCCACCCCAGUUCCCCAGCGAGGAGGAGGAAGCGGCGGCUCUGGAGGCACUCUCCAUUGCGGAGGGCAGUGCUGCUGCAGAGGGGGGGGAUGGGGCGGCCACGGACGGGGCUAAGGGGGGAGGAGCAGAAGGCCCCUGGGCAUCCAAGGCGGCUGCCAAGACAAGGACGGCCAAGUACCAGGUAAGGGAGGUGGCAGUAGGGGUGGCGGAGCUGGUUGGGGGAUGUGGCACA